AGCUCACCACACCGUCCCGUUUUACAGGAAAAAAGAAAGUCGAACCCGCUCGUAGUGGAAGAGGAACGGAGCCUUCGCCUCCAACCCCGGCGCCCCGCUCCGCCGCGGACGCCGCCGCCGCCGCCGAGAUGGACUACCUCAAGACGGUGGUGCCGUCGCAGCUCAUGGCCGAGCGCGGCUCCAACCUCGUAGUCAUCAACCCAGGAUCUGCAAACGUGCGCAUGGGGUUUGCUAGUCAGGAUGUGCCAUUCAAUAUACCACACUGCAUUGCACGACACAUCAAUCCACAGGAGGGUGAAGAACCAAAGUUCUCUGUGAGGGAUCAGAUGCUCAACUGCCGUGCUACAUCAUCACAGAAUGCAGAGCGGGAGAGCGCAUAUGAUAUUAUUGCAGCACUGAUGAAAAUACCAUUUUUGGAUGAAGAAAUGCCUUCACCGAACCAACCCCUUCCUCCAAAGAUGGGACGUGUCGAUGGUUUUUCCUCACAGCAAAGCAGAGACGAUAGUAAAUUCACUUGGACAAAUGUGACAGAGAGAAGUAUUAAGCCAUCCACGUCAAUUGAUAGAUCAGUAUACAAGGAUGCUGAGGAAGGUACUCUGCCAAGCACAUCUGGUGAUGAUAAUGGACAUGACGUUGAAGAGAACAAGUAUAAGGAAAUGAUAUUUGGAGAAGAUGCUUUGAAAAUACCUCCUUCUGAGUCGUACUGUUUGAGUCGUCCUAUCAGGAGAGGCCAUUUCAAUGUGUCUCAUAAUUAUUCACUGCAUCAGGUUUUAGAAGAUUUACGCACUAUUUGGAACUGGAUGUUGACAGAAAAGUUGCAUAUCAACCCAAGAGACAGAGGUCUAUAUUCCGCAAUUCUUGUUCUUGGGGAGACAUUUGACAACCGAGAAAUAAAAGAGAUGCUGUCUAUUGUCCUCCACGAUUUGGGGUUUAGCACAGCAGUGGUACAUCAGGAAGCUCUAGCUGCAGCUUUUGGAAAUGGUUUGUCUACAGCUUGUGUUGUCAACAUUGGCGCUCAAGUUACGCAAGUAGUUUGUGUUGAGGAUGGAGUAGCUUUGCCCCACACAGCAUUGGCGCUUCCGUAUGGUGGAGAUGACAUCUCUAGAUGCCUGCUUUGGGUUCAACGUCGCCAUCACACAUGGCCAAACUUUCAAACUGAUCCAGUGAGCAAGCCCAUAGAUAUGCUAAUGCUCAACAAAAUAAAAGAGUCAUAUAGCCAAAUAAGGAGUGGGACUUUUGAUGCAGUUGCCCUUGUUCAUUCAUACGAUGAUGAUAGAUCUGCUGGGCAUCAAAAGACAAGACUUUCAGCUCUUAAUGUUCCUCCUAUGGGGCUUCUUUACCCAAGGGUUCUUGUUCCAGAAGAGUACCCUCCACCUCCUCGAUCUUGGUUCCAAGACUACGAUGACAUGCUGGAAGAUACUUGGCAGACAAGUGACAGUCUUUACCCUGGUGGGAAUGGUGGGUAUGGCAUGUGGGACAGUUACCCUACGUUUCCCACUAGAUUAAAGAAAUUUGAUAACAUUGGUCUCGUAGAAGCCAUUGUUAGUAGCGUUCUUUCGACAGGACGUGUUGACCUUCAAAGGAAGCUGUUUUGUAGCAUUCAGCUGGUUGGUGGUGCAGCUUCUACAGCUGGUCUUGCACCAGUUCUGGAGCUAAGGAUUCUCAACAAACUCCCAGCAAACCAAUCUGUCGAGAGAGUUGAGGUGCUGCAGUCUAGGACUUACCCUUUAUUUGUUCCAUGGAAAGGUGGAGUGAUUUUGGGCGUCCUUGAUACCGGUAGGGAUGCGUGGAUUCAUAGAGAAGAUUGGAUUAAAAAUGGUGUUCACAUUGGGAGUGGUAGAAAAUAUAAGGAUUCCUACUUUCUUCAGGCACAAGUAAUGUGCUACUACAACAUAUAGCAGGUUGGCUAUCAUAUUACUGAGUUCCUAACACAUCCAGGCCCUGCAAUUUUGCAGGCUGUUUGACUGCGAAUGAUCUUAGGAUAUGCCUGUGGACUGCAAUUUACUUUGAUGUAUGAUGCAUCAUCAGUUUCAUGCAUGCUGUGUUUGUCUUGUUUAGUUUGAGUCAUCAACAACCAAGAGACUUGGAUGAAGACUGGUAAGUUAGAAGUAGAACUGUCUGGUGUUGUAAAGACGCACUCAUGUUUGACAGUAAUUUACUUUGUUGCAACUUUAAUGUUUAUGAGAUUUCUAGUAACUCUGGUAUGAUCUUCGGGUUCAUAACGGAAACACGAAGAACAGUGUGGUAGUUUUGGCCUUGCUGUAUAUGCUGCAUCAGUCUGACAUGGGCACAAAUGGCCAGAAUGAGAAGUCUCCCCUAAGCCCAGGGGCACAGGGAAUCCGGUCA